AUGAAUCGCCUAAGCAGAUCUCUUUGUCAAUUAUCAUCUCGCCAUUUCCGUCCACGACCUUCUUUUGCCCCUCUCGUUGUGAAACGGCAUAUAGGAAUUCCGCCCGGCUUUCUGCUCGAUGAAUAUAUCCCACGCUACCAGCUACUCACAUCCAUAGAUGCUUCGAAGAAACGCUCUCUCGCAUAUGCGCAUCUACGGGAAUGCAACUUAUGUCCACGUCGUUGCGGAGUAAACCGCUACGAACAAACCGGGGUAUGUCUCAUCGGUGCUGAGACAGUCAAGGUCAACACGAUCGCACCACAUCGUGGAGAGGAACCAUGUAUUCAGGGAUUCAAUGGGAGUGGCUCCGUUUUCUUUUCAGGAUGCAACCUGCGCUGUGUGUUCUGCCAGAAUCAUGACAUCGCCCACCAACGAAAUGGGUUCGACUUAACUCCCGAAGAACUAGCAGAUUGGUUUAUGAAGCUUCAGCAAGUUGGUAACUGCCAUAAUAUCAACCUAGUUACGCCGGAACAUGUUGUGCCGCAGGUUGCGCUCGCGAUUCUGACAGCACGCGAUAUGGGUCUCAAUAUUCCUAUUAUUUACAAUACGUCGUCGUUUGAUUCUCUCGAGUCUCUCGAGUUACUUAAUGGCCUGGUUGAUAUUUACUUGCCUGAUUUCAAGGUGUGGAAGAAUAGUACGUCGAAGCGGUUGCUCAAAGCCGAGGAUUACACUGAGACGGCGAUGGAGAGCAUAAAGGCCAUGCAUGAACAGGUCGGUGAUUUAUGUUUUACGUCGGAUGGCCUUGCUAAGAAGGGCGUCUUACUACGACAUUUGGUUAUGCCUGGCAAGGAAGACGAGGGUCGAGAGAUUAUGCGCUGGUUGGCAGAAAAUGUGUCCAAGGAUCUCUAUGUGCAUAUCAUGGAGCAGUAUCACCCGGAUGCACAUGUAGGGAAAAGGAAACGAGCGACGAGGAAUGCAAAAGGCGACGGAGAGGCUGAAGUGCGGUAUGCAGACAUCAACCGCGCGGUCCGCGAUGAUGAGCUCGGCUGUGUCAGGGAUGCUGCCGUUGCAGCUGGGCUUUGGAGGUUUUGUGAGGCGAAUGAGAAUAGUUCCAUGUUUCAUCUGUGA